AUGCUUUGUAACUUCUUUCAAAGCCGUCAAAAUGCCGUUUUGUUUGAUGGUGGACUGAGAAUCGAGUCUCCUGGCAGAGUUUUGUACAAAAAUAAGGUGAGUUUUGUUGUACUUAUAGGUUGGUGCUAAGUUUUUUAAUUUUCGAUGACAUUUUUAUGUAGGUACAGAUAAUUUUUUAUUUUAAUUAUAAGUUCUAUAUCUUUAUCUUUUUAUUAAUGUUUUUGUUUUAUCUUCUUUUUCCUUUUCUUCUUUAUAUCAAUGCUAUUUUAAAUCUAAAACUCACCGUUUUCAGUGGCAAAGUCGCUACAUUGUAUGCCAACGCCGAAACGGCGCCGAAGCCCCCCUGAUCGGUCUAUUCAAAAAUGACAAAACUCGAGAGAAAGGUCAACAUCUGGAGCUGUUCUACAUGCAGAACUACAUUGGCUAUGAAUACGGAUUCAAGGCCGGCAGAACGACGAAAACCUUGGCUUUGAUAAUGGAGAACCGGAUAUUAAUAUUGUCAUUCUGGAGCGGCGAAUGCAUGGUGUUGUGGAAGGAAUGGCUACGAGAUAUUUGUGGCAGAAGUAAGCUUACUGUGUGAUUUUUAUUUUAAAAAUUUAGGUUUCAUCUUUUGUAUGCAUGUGAAUCACAUGUCACGGACGGCGACGCUACAGUUGGUUGGGAAUGAAGUGAGAAUUCAUUUAACGGUAAGGCAGGUUCAGGGUUGAUAUCUUGUUUUUUUUAGUUUUUGAGGCGUCUUUAAGCCUAAAAAUUUAAUUUUCAAAGUUGUUUUAAACCUAUAAAACUAUAAUUUUGAUAAUCUUUACAGAAGACAAUGCUGACAGUUGUCCAAAGUUCUCCACCCCAACAGAUCGUCUGCCUAUCCCUACGCAGCCUUGGAAAAGUCGAAUGCUCAGAAGGUGAACUGUCAUUCGAAGCUUCUGUACGUACCUGGUUGAAGCCCCACUCCUUUUCCUUCACCGGCGAUCACACUGCUCAAAUCCACCGUACUCUCCGUCUUCUUCUGAAGCCAGACCAAUUUGUUCAUCCCAUCAAUCCAUCAGAUUCUAUCCACACUAACCCUUCCGUGCUCCAAGCCCAUCCUUCUCAUAUGAAUCUACCGCACGGCACAAGUCAUGCUCACAGCCACAGUAGUCGUGCUCGGCCGGUCGAUUUCAUUACCAACUCAAUGCCAAUGCUGGCACAAUUACCGCGCAGUAACACGCCUACUAUAGCCACGACACCAGCACAAACUCUGCCGCUGCCUCCGCGAAGAAACUAUGCUACUGACAGGGCUGGUAGUCUGGUGCACCACUACGUCAAUACUGGGCCUACUGGUAAGUUUGGUACUGUAGAUGGUACUAUAAAGUAUUGAAGUGUGUUAUAGUAGUGAUGUUACGUAUAAUCUCAGAAUCUUUGUAGAACUGACGCCUGAGGAGAUGGCCAUUCUACAAGCCCAACAACAAGCUCAAUGUAAGUGGGUUACUGUAGUUUUUAAUAAUUUUUGGGGGUGAUUACGGUAGAAUAAAGGUAUCUUUACAAUUCAAAAAGCUUUACUUAUAAACCGUAUUUUGAAAACAGAUUUUUAUUAAAAAAAUUUUUAACCAUACUGUAAGGGUUACUGUAGUUUUCUGAAUUCGUUUUUAUUUGUAGCACAAAGCCUAACCUCGCUAAUGCAGCAAACCUCAAUGGCUAGUGCGCUUACAACCAUGCCAAGGUGGGCUGAUUUUUAGUUUUUGUAAAAAAAUGCUUAUGGUACCAUAAAUAUUAUGUUAGUAGUACCACUAGUGGUAUAAAUAUUUUUAUACAUAUGGUGCAUUCGGUACAUAUGGUACCACUGGUACCCUUUUUUUGUAAAAACGUUUUUUUAAGUGUAAUAUUAACUAGAAACACUAUUUAAAGAAUUUUUACUUAACUUUUGUACAUCUGGUACCAUUGGUACUACUGGAACCAUCAAAUUUUAAAAUUUUACAAAAUAUUCUUUUUUCAAUUUCUAGGUUUGGAUUGUCAUUUUUCCAUCUUUUCCCACCCUAAUAUGCGAUUUUUUCAGCGAACUCGAGACCUUCGACGACACGGACCAUCAGUAUUUCAACGUGCACCCGUUGGACGCGUCAGGCAUAUUGACUAGCAUGAGUAACAACGGUUCCGCUGGUCGGGCCGGCUCCAUUCAGUCCAUGCAUCCGAGCUUAAACUUUGUCCAUCGCCGCCAAAACAGCCAAACCCCCUCGGGGCACAUGAUUCAGCCGGUCAUUCGAGUAAGCGCCAUUCUUUUUGCUUCAGCUUUAGGAUAUGCCAUCCUUUUUGCAUCAAUUUCAUAAUAUGCCAUUCUUUUUGCCUCAAAUCCAUAAUGCGCCAUUCUUUUUGCAUCAAUAUCUUAAUAUGCCAUUCUUUUCGCAUCAAAUUUAAAAUGCGCCAUUCUUUUUGCAUCAGCUUUAAGAUAAGGUCUUAUUUUGCACCAGCCUUCACAUAUGCCAUUCUUUCUGCACCAAGAUUGAAAAAAAGUUUUAGGAAGACGAUCCAGCAUCGGCGGACAACUCCUCAUUGUCCAACGAAGAGUCCCACGCUUCGGAGAAGGUGUACGCCACGGCGGAGACCGUGCAGACCUCCGUCUCCCAAGAGAAUCUGGUCUCAUCCUCAAUGUUUAUGCCUCCAAAAACCAGCAACACCCCCGCCGCCAACACCUUGGGUCUGGUCAGGCCCAACAUCAACAUACCACUACUGUCACGGAACGCUGACGUCUCGAUCCGCCGUUCGUUGAAGAAAAAACUUCUGGAUGCGGUGUCGGGAAGCUUCGAACAGUACGACGGUGACAAUACCACGAAGGGCUACGCCGACGAAGAUAGUGAAACCUUUGCCAGAGUUUUUGAUAACAUACCGACUUCGGAGACGUCACCCAAUAGUACUACACAUCAUCGCAGGUUCGACCAUUCUGUAUCGUCGUCGGCACGAUUGGAGACGGCGCUACAGAGACGACAACAGAAUCUGAGAGAACGAGAGAAACGACGGUCGGUGACGUCUGUCAGUUCGAAUGAUUCUUCGUCUGGUUCAGCUUAUCAGACAGUGCCAGUCAAGACUAGUAGUGCUAAAGUCAUGCCUUAUUCUGUGUAGGUUUUUGAAUUUAAAAAGUUUUAAAACUGUUCCGAACUGUACCAUUAAAGCCAAAUAGCACUUAAAAAGGUCUUUGAAGCCUUAAAAUUUUUUGAAAUUUGGUUUUUCAGAACCCCGACAGAAUCCAUAAACACUUUAAUCACUAACACGGUGUCAGACGACCGUGCUUCCUUCAACACAGCCAUUUAUACUGGACGAUCACAUCAAGGCAGUAUCAUUGGAUACGACAAGGGUACCACUGCUCUUCCAGUAAGUUUAUAAGACCAUCUUGGACUAGGAAAUGACGUUUUAGUUAUUCAAAACGGUACCAAUAGGACUAUUUUUGAUGGAAUAGGGAAGGGUAUGGUAAUUUAAGGUGGGGUAAAAUAAUUUAUAGUAGGGAGGGGUAGCUUAAGAUAGGUUAAGGUAGAGUAUAGUAGGGUAGGGUAAGGUAGAAUAGGGUAGGGGAAGGUAGAUUAGAGUAGAGUAAAGUAGGGUAGGGCAAGAUAAAGCAGGGUAAAGUAAACCCAACCCCAUAAAGCUCAAAUCCUUUCAGGAAGUCGAAGAGCAUUCCCGAACCGAGUCUGUCCAGUCCAAGCUCUCCACCCCGCCCCACUCGCGAGGCAUCUCUACCGUCAGUCUGCCAUCUCAACCUCACCUCCUGAAGCAGGCUUCUUUGUCGCGAAUGUCAAAGUUUGAUGAAGAAUAUGAUACCGGAUCUCAGAUCUCGAUCCAGUCAGAACUGAACGAUCGAAUCGUCUUCGAACGUGGUCGAACUCGAGCCUCCGGUCGAUCGGCGAACAAGAACAGAACGGCCGAUAGUCGAGAACAGAAGCAGCCCGCUUCGUCGCUGAAUUAUGUUAGCAUUGAUCCGUCGUCUACUGCCGCGUUUUUGCAAAAAUACAAAAAGAAAAAGUGA